GGCGGCCAACGCCUGGCACCAGAUUCUCGUUAUCUUUCGAAGUGCGGACACAGAUCCUGCCACGAAAUUUGCUCUCCUCCACCUUCACGGUCGAAGAGAAGCGACGAGCGGGAGACGGAUAGAACCAGUGCAGAGGCAAGGACGCAGCUCGUCAAUGUCCAAGGCCCCAACUGCCCAACCCUAGGGACAGUACAAUCUUGAUUUGAAAGAGAUGGGUAGCCCUAAAAAGGCUAAGGCGGAACCAGGAUGUUCAGACAGAAUCAGCAGUCUACCUAAAGAGAUAAAGGAGUGCAUCCUCUCCAAUUUGAACGUCCAAGAAGCUGUUAGAGCUAGCAUCCUAUCAAGCGCUUGGAGGAACGUGUGGACUACUAUGCCAGAUAUACUUCUGUAUGAUUGGAGCUUUGCUUCCUCUGUUUCCCAGACAACUGCACGAUCCAAAUUUAUUACAUUGGUUGAUCUGGCGUUGGCGCUCCAUAAGGGAUCUCUAGAUACAUUCAUACUUGAAGCGCACAGAAGUUUUCAUGAUGUAAUUGACAGGUGGAUUUCCAUGCUAUCCAAAAAGGUGCCAAAAGCCAUUACAAUCAAGUUCGCCUCUGGUCCAAAGUUCAAGAUUCAUUCGAGCCUCUUCUCUAUCAGUGAUUUGAAGCACCUUCGCGUAAAGUACUGCAUCAUCACCUUGCCUAGGAAGUUUGAAGGUUUCAAGCGGCUAGUAGUCCUGAACCUGAAGUCUUUUUUCUGCACCGACAGUGACAUCAGUUAUUUAAUCUCUUCCUGCCCCAUGCUUAAUACGUUGCGUCUGAAAUAUUUUAAGGACAUCAAUUGUCUCAACAUUCAAGCUCCAGUACUCGAAGUCUUAGAGGUUGAGGGACAGUUUGAAGACCUUCAUCUGAAUGCCCCUAGUUUGCUCCAUGCAUAUUUGACACUUGACAAAACUGAAGCCCACAAGUAUGUUCCAGUGGCACAUGAUGGGAAGCGCUAUCUGAUGCAAGUUUUUGGCAGUCUAGCUGAUGUCAAAACGCUUACCGUUAGCGGUUCUUUCUUGACGUAUCUAUCCAAAGGGUGCUUGCUGACAAAACUCCCUGGUGCAUUUCAUCGUCUUGAGAAGAUUGGUAUUGAGAGAUGCUUCUGGAACUGGACGGAAGCCUUGGCUAUUUGUUCAAUAUUUGAGAAUGCUCGUAUGCUUAGAGAACUUGAAAUAUGGAGUUAUCCUCGUGAAGAAGUUUAUGCACGUAAUGGUGUCUGGGAUCAGGAUGAGACGGCGAUACAGAAGCCCCCUUGGAUCACCUGA